AUGCCUUCCGAAAAGGAAAUUAAUAAAGUCAUCAAGGAUAACUUAUCACAUCCGCCAGAUGUUAUUAAAUAUCACAUUACAACUGGGUAUUUGUUGCAAAUGACCCUGUUCUUUAUACUCAAAUGUCUAUGGGAAACGAGUGAGUUUGGUUGCCAUUAUAAAUUUAUUAGGAAGGAGAAAUAUAACUGA